CCGCCCUGCUGUCCGGUCCCUGCGCUGUCCGCUCCCGUCGCCCGCGCGGAACCAGCUCCUUGAGCUGUCCGGGCGGCGGGCGAGGAGCCAGCGGGCUUCAGCGAGCCCAAAGAGGCGCAGGCCUGCGCCGGGCCCGCAGGUCGGUGUAAAGGACAGGAAAAGGAGGGGAAAUCUCAACAUGGAUAAACUCUGCAAUGGAAACGAAGGAAUGCCUGAGAACCAAGGAGAGAUGGAAUACAAAGAACAGCCACAGGAUAUGGGAAAGCCAGAAGAAGCUUGUACUCUGGAAGACAAGGAAAAGUGAGAAAAUGAGGGGAAAACAAAUUACAAAGGAAAGACAGAAAAUGAGGAAAUAUUAAAGGACAACGAAAAGCCAGGGAGUGCGGCAAAGGCAAAAGAGGGAAAGCCAGCGAAUGAGAGAAAAUCAGUCAGUGAGGGAAAGCCAGAGAGCCAGGGAAAGGCAAAAGAAGAAGGAAAACCUGUGAAUGAGGGGAAGCCGGUGAACAAAGGACAGUCAAAAGAAGGAGAAGCAGGGAGCAAGGGAGAGCCAAAAGAGGAAAAAUCAGAGCGUGAAGAAAAGCCAGUGAAUGCAGAAAAGCCAGAGAGUCAGGAAAAGUCAAAAGAAGAAAAGCCAGCCAGUGAACCAAAGACUGUAGGAAAGUGCCUAUCUGGGGAUGAUGUACCGAGGAAGGCCAAAAGAAAAACCAACAAGGGGCUGGCUCAGUGCCUCAAAGAAUAUAAGGAGGCCAUCCAUAAUAUGCAUUUGAGCAAUGAGGAGAUGAUAAGAGAAUUUGAUGAGAUGACCAGGGUGGAGGAUGAGGUAAAGAAAACCAAGCAGAAAUUGGGGGUGUUUAUGUGGAUGCAAAAAAGUUUACAGGACCCCUUCCACCCAAGGGGCCCAAGGGAACUCAGGGGUGGUUGCAGAGCCCCACAAAGAGGCUUUGAAGAUAUUCCUUUUGUGUAGUGCCUCUGGAAAGCAUUUGUCAGGUCCUGUGCUUUAACCUUAUGCUAAUAAUUUGCUUUAGCUAUCAUUCUUGUUAUCAGCAACCUUUUGACACAACUAUAGCAAGCUAUCAGUAGGGGAUUUUCAUCCAUGUGCAUUGCAAUGACAUUAUAAUUCUUGGGAAAAUAAAGUAGCUUAUAAUAUCUUCUACAGAAAUUGGUCUACUUUUGUAAAGACAUAACUUUAGAUAGCACAUCAGUGCACAGGAAAAAUAGAAACUUUUUUGACCAAAAGGUUAACAGUGGCUCUCUGAAUUAUAAAACUGUGGGAAACUCAA